ACUAACCACGUUUAAUUUAUUAACUUUCUAGUUUUCAACCAUUGUCAGCCAUCAUCCUUUUACCGUUUUUCUUUUUUUAAGGAAACGCAAAUUGCCCCCCUCCAUUUUUCAAGAAAGGAAAAAAUCGCGGGCUUUUGCAAAGCUUUAUCUCCCACCACUAUUCAAAAAGAAGAGUGUAAUAUUUCUGUCACAGUGGAGAGACCAAAAAAGGGUUUGAGAAGAGAUGCAAGAAGGAGUAGCGGCAACUAUAAGAACAAAAAUGGAGCAACUUAGAUUAACAUGUGACAGAGAUUUACUCAUUCAACAACAGAAUAUUGAUGCUGGUGUUAUCUCCUUUUCUGAAUCAUUGGAUUCAAUCAACACCCAAACUCAAGAAACCCUUCAAUUCCAGGAAAAACUUGGGAAAUUGAAAACUGAGCUUAGAGAGGCAGAAGUUAAUUUAGUAAAAGCACUUGCAGUAAAGACCCGAAAAGAGGCAAAGAGGACAGAAAUGGCAGACUUAAUAUCUGCUACCAAUGUUAGAGUGGAAGAACUUAGAGGCGCGGUGGAAGAUCAAAGGGCGAGGAAACAUGAAUAUUCCACCCUACUAUCUCAACAAGCUGAUGCUCUGCAAGCACUUGAAGAAGAGCUUAACCAGAACACUGAGCAUAGAGAUGCAAUAGAGGAGGCUACUGUGUGGUACAAUAAGGUGCUUGGUUUACGUAUUGAAUGUGACCAAGGAGUGAAAUUCAUCUUUACCAAUAUAGAUGUCAACAAUCCAGAUGACAAGUACUCUUUUACUGUCCGUCGUGAGAAUGAUGUACAUACUUUGAUUGAUUGUGAUCCACAGCUGACUGACGCAAAAGAACUGCUCAUUGAGUUAAACAAAAGCAAUGGACUAUUCAAGUUCGUCAGGACUAUGAGAGAGAAAUUUGUAGAAGCUGUAGCACGUGGAUUAACGUCUCAAGAUCAAGAUACUUCUAUGAUCUCUAUACCUCCCCUGAUUUCGUCCAUUUCAACUAAUAGUAGAGAUGAAUCUUCACCCCAAAAAGCGGAGCCUCAACCUGAUGAAUAUAAGAGAAGUUCCAUGAAGCUUGCCCGUGGUAAAAGGGUUAGGUCAGACGUUCUCUCCCCUAUAUCUGCAUCAUCUUUUCGCCGUUCUCCUCGUUUUAAGCAUAUCGGUUUAACACUUUAAUAACAAGAAAGAGAAGACCACACAUAUGAGUAACAAUUGGUCUUAUAGCUGCCCCUAUUUGUUCGUGUUUGAGGCUUGGUUUAUUGAUUGAUUACAAUGCAGCAGUUGAUAUUAGGAGCACAACCAAACUUUUUUUUCCAUUGUGCUUUUCAUGUCAAUUGAUUACAAUAUUGUUUCUUUUGGGAUUAAAGUUACUUGUAAUGUUGAUACGAAGGCAAUUACAAAAGAAAGCAGUAACAAAAUCAGUUAUGUAAUGCCUGAAAAAGCUCAUAGGCAUCCAUUUUACAGGUAUUUGUAUAAUCCGAAAGUUAAUUUCUACGUGGAAA